UAUAAAUCGGACCACGCUUUCCGCAAAAUACCAUUCUAAUCAACUUUCUUGAUUUUCUUCUUAUUGUCCCUUUCGCUUUCUGCGUGAUUAAGCAGAAAUGGCAGAAGCUGUGCUCUAUAACAUUGCAUCGGAAAUCAUAAACAAGUUAGGAUCUCUGGCUCUUGUUGAGACUGGGAGGUGGAGGAAUCUUGAAGUUGAUCUUGAAAGCCUCAAGAACGCAGUUUCUACCAUCCAAGCCGUGCUUCUUGAUGCAGACAGGAAGUUCUCACUGAAUCAACAAGUCGAGGUUUGGCUUCGAGGAUUGAAAGAAGCAAUUUACGAUGCAGAUGACUUGUUGGAUGAUUUUGCCACAGAUGGAUUGUCGGGGCAAGCGAAGAGUGAAGAUAAGAAUUCUGCAAAGGAGUUGCUGAAAGGACACGUUCAUCUUCAAUUUAUGAAUUGAAGGGCCUAUCUCCUGCUGAGUCUUGGUCAUUGUUCAAAAAAAUAGCAUUUGAUCAAAGGCAGAAACAAGCUUGAGCCAAGAGGCACUUGGACAGGAGAUUGUAGCAAAGUGUGUAAGGCUUCCUUCAGGUAUAAAAUCAAUAAGAGCUUUGUUAUAUUGUAAAAAUACUGAGUCGGAGUGGCAAUCCUUCAAAGAAUAUGAACUCUCAAAAAUGCAAGAAGAUAAUAUCUUGUCAACUCUUAAUUUGAGUUAUGAUCAUCUUCCAUCUCACUUGAAACAUUGCUUUGCUUAUUGUGCCAUUUUUCCUAAAGAUUGUGAAAUUGAUAUGGGAAAUUUGAUAUAUCUUUGGAUGGCACAAGGGUAUCUUGAUUCCUCAAAUUCUAGUCAAAGUUUUGAAGAAAUUGGUUUUUCAUAUUUUAAGAAUCUUCUUUCUAUGUAUUUUUUCCAAGAUGAUGUGAGAGAUAGACGGAGUAAUAUAGAAACCUGUAAAAUGCAUGAUUUGAUGCAUGAUCUAGCUAUAUUAGUUGCUGGAGAAGAGAUAGUCACUUUAUCAAAAUCAAAUGGAUGUGUUGAGAAAACAACACGACAAAUAUCAUUUGAUAUUGAUUAUCUUCCAAGAAACUCUUUCAAUGCAAAGAAGGCGAGAACGGUCCUUUUGGAUAAACGGAACAAAUGCAAUUGGGAAAACCAAAUCUUUCCUGAAUUUGAAUGUUUACGAGUGGUGGAUCUAGGCGAUUACAGAAGGGAAGUGCCGAGUUCCAUUUACAAUUUGAAGCAUUUGAGGUAUCUUGAUCUUUCCUUCGUUGGAAUCAUCGAGCUUCCAGAUUCAAUUGCCAGAUUACAGAAGUUGCAAGUUCUGAUUAUUAGGAGUAACGAUCACCUUGUAAGACUGCCAGAUUCAAUAGUUAGAUUACAGAACCUACAAGUGCUGAUAUUGGACUAUUGUGGUAUGCUCCAAGGACUACCAAAGGACAUUAAAAAGUUGGUCGAUCUCAGGCAUCUUAGCUUUUAUCGGUGUAAUUUUAGUCAUAUGCCAAUUGGGAUUGGAGAAUUGACUCGCCUUGCUAAUUACAUGCAUUUGUAGCACCCAAAAAUGGUUCCUCCUCCAAGCUUUUCGCCGGACUGGAUGAAUUACAUGAGUUAAACAAAUUGAGAGGAGAGCUAAUAAUAAGAAAUUUGAGAUAUGUAGUAAAAAAUGGUGCAUCUGAAUUUCGUGCUGCCAAUUUGGAAGAGAAGCAAUAUCUCCAGUCCUUGAGACUAGAAUGGGUCAUAGAGUACCAAGUGGAUAGCAAUGAAUCGUAUAUUUUUGGUGUCAGUGAUGAUGACAACGAUGAUGAUUAUUAUAAAAUUGAUGCGUAAGAGCUUAGAAAUGAAGAAAUGGCAUUGGAUGUGCUAAGGCCCGCCAAAAUCUCCAAUGCCUAUUCUUGUUUGCUUAUAGAGGAGUCGAUUCUCCUAGAUGGCUUCCUUCCCUCGUAAAUUUGGUGGAGCUUGAAUUAUUUUCUUGCAAAAACAUACAACAUCUCCCCCCAUUUGAUCACUUUAACUCUCUUGAGAUUUUGAGAAUUCGAGAAUUACCUAAUCUAGAGUACAUAGAUACUGAUGAAAAUUAUCUAAUCCUUGCCUAAAGGAGCUUUAUCUGUUAAAGUGCCCUAAUUUUGAAGGAUGGAAGAGAUACAACAGGAACGAUGCAACCACACGCACAUCAUUAUCAUUGUCUUCGCCAUCAAUAGGAAAGUUGCCCUGGUUUAUUUUUCUUUCGAAGCUGUCGAUCCAUGAUUGCCCUAACUUGACUUCGAUGCCAACUUUUCCAUCCCUUGAACAACUUCAUCUAGAAAGAGCCAGCGUCAGGCCAUUGGAGCAGACAUUGAAAGUGUGGAUUUCGGCAUCAGAACCUACCCCUUCUUCUUCCUCUUCUUCAAUUCCCACCGCUCUCUCACAAUUGAAAAGGAUUGAAAUGCAAACUAUUGUGGAACCAGAAUUUAUGCCAAAUGAGUUGUUGAAAAGACUUACCUCUCGCCAAGAUCUAAAAAUUAUUUAUGAUUGACCAUGUUAAAGUAUUUGCCCGUCGUUGACUUUCAAAGAGAGG